AUGAUAAUAGUAAACAAAGAAAACAGUGGCCAACAACAAUACAACUUCUAUGUUAGUAGAGGACGUGUGCAUGAGGCAUUACAAUAUAAGAUUUGUUAUGACCCAUACUACAAAGAUGUACAAUUAGAUGAAUUGGCAUUGUCGUCUUUACCCAUUAACCCCACUAAUAUAUCUAACCUACUAUAUUCAACCACUUCAAAUCCUGAUCCCAUUCACUUAAGUUUCAUGCAAGAAGAUGUUACGGAGGAUGGUCCAUUGAUAGAGGACUUGCAAAUGACUGAUUCAUUUGUGGCAAAUCUUCCACCUGCACGUCGAGAGGUCGAAGAAGUUUGCUCUUUACUACAACUAGGGCAAGGACGCCCAACUCCUGUAGUUAAAUGGCCACCCAUUUCCCCAUCUCCUAUAAAUGAAUACACUACUGAAGGAUUGUUUGUAAUGUCAUUCCCCACUUUGUUCCCUAAAGGUAUGGCUGCAUUCAAACAACCACGUCUUAAAGAAGUUAAGCUACAUGAGUAUGGUCUCCAUCUUUUAAGAUACCAUGAUAAUAGAUUUGGCCAACACCCAAGGUUUAGGUACUUCAUAUUGAAUAUACUAAUGCGCCAUAGAAGUCAAGCCACCGCAUCUGUGUUUGUCCACAAACAACUUGAUGAUUCAAUGCCUAUAACAAUUUUUGACCUUCGACAAAGAUUAAAAGACUUGCCUGAUGACAAACUAGCAGAUCAACUAAUGCGCUUUAGCUCGUCAAUUCGUGGAACUAAACCAUUCUGGAAUCAACGUAGAAGGGAACUUAUAGACAUGGUCAUCCAAAUUGGUUGUCCAACGCUAUUUUUCACACUCAGUGCUGCUGAUACAAAAUGGCCAGACUUGCAUAAUAUCAUGCCAACCACCACACCUACAAAUCCAUAUGCAACUGCUAGAUGGAAAUUACAAAAUAUAGUCCAAAAUCCACACCUUACUGCAAUGUACAUGCAUCACAGAUUUACUGCAUUUCGUGAAGAAGUGUUGGAAAAAAUUCUUGGCGCAAAUGACUAUUGGUAUAGGUAUGAAUGGCAACAUAGAGGCUCUGCACACAUCCAUGGUUUCAUUUGGCUACCAAAAGCACCUGACAUUGGCAAAUUACAAUGGAAUGACAUUCAGUCAGUACAAAAUGCACUUGCAUACAUUGAUAAAUAUGUCUCCGCGUGGAACCCACGAAGUCAUGCAUUGAGAAAUCAAAUGUUCCACCGAUCCAUUGUUGAUGACCCUUUCUUGAUGGACACAAGCAUGAUAGUAUCAAGUGAUCCUUUCAUUGACUAUUGUGAUUUGGCCAACCGUGUUCAAAGACAUACAAAAUGUACUAUCCAAACAUGCCUUCGCAGGAAGGGGACAUCUCUUCAAUGCCGUUAUAAAGCCCCUUGGAACAUUACAGAGAAGUCGUCUCUUUCUAAUGAUGAUAAUGGCCAACCUAAGCACACCCCUGCUCGCAAUGAUGACCGCCUAAAUCUUCACAACCCAUUUAUACUCUCAAUAUGGAGGGCCAAUGUAGAUUGCCAACCUGUUCUCUCAAUUGAUGUUGUGAUCAAAUAUAUUGCAAAAUAUGCUGCUAAAGCUGAAAACAAAUCAGAAACAUACCAUGCAAUGUUAUCUUGA